GGUCUGCCAGCGUCGCGCUGGGCCGGGCGGGCUGGGCCGCGCCGCAGCGCCGGCGGCUGAUUCGGAGGCAGCGGCGGGGGAUGGACGAGGGUACCUGCGGCGGCCAGCAGCGACGGGCGGCCCAGAUUGCAGCCUCUGUUUAAGUAUUGGGAAGGCUCUGGAUCGUCUUCAACAAGACGGACAUUGAAUGUUUAGCAUCACCUCUUUGGAUUUUUGAAUGUGAAUUGGAACCACUUUAUUUCUAGGCAAAUGACAGAAUUCUUAAUAUACCCGGAAAAGUUGCAGUGGUUUUAGCAGCUCAAGUUGAGGCACAAGGCUUGUUUGCCAGUCAGUAUACUUGCAUUGGAUUUUGUGUGUGUAUAAUAAAAAUACUGUGUGUGGCAUAGUCAGGAGAGUGAAUGAUCAGCAGUCAUUUACAGGUUUGCUGGGAUGGGUAAUCUUCUUAAGGUCCUUACCAGGGAAAUUGAAAACUAUCCACAUUUUUUCCUGGAUUUUGAAAAUGCACAGCCCACGGAUGGAGAAAGGGAGGUCUGGAACCAGAUCAGUGCAGUUUUACAGGACUCAGAAAGCAUGCUUGCAGACCUUCAGGCUUACAAAGGAGCUGGACAAGAAAUUAGAGAUGCAAUACAAAAUCCCAAUGAUAUCCAGCUGCAAGAAAAAGCAUGGAAUUCAGUCUGUCCCCUGGUUGUAAGGCUAAAGCGCUUCUAUGAGUUUUCACUCAGAUUAGAGAAAGCCCUGCAGAGUUUACUGGAAUCCUUGACAUGCCCUCCCUACACUCCCACUCAGCACCUGGAACGGGAACAGGCUCUAGCGAAAGAGUUUGCAGAAAUCUUACAUUUUACUCUUCGUUUUGAUGAACUUAAGAUGAGAAACCCAGCAAUUCAGAAUGACUUCAGUUAUUACAGGCGGACAAUAAGUCGCAACAGAAUAAACAACAUGCAUCUAGACAUUGAGAAUGAAGUGAACAAUGAAAUGGCCAAUAGGAUGUCCCUCUUCUAUGCAGAGGCCACACCAAUGCUGAAAACCCUCAGUAAUGCAACGACACAUUUUGUAUCAGAAAACAAAACUUUACCAAUUGAAAAUACAACAGACUGUCUAAGUACUAUGGCCAGUGUAUGUAAAGUCAUGUUGGAAACACCAGAGUACAGGAGUAGAUUCACCAGUGAAGAGACCCUUAUGUUCUGCAUGCGAGUAAUGGUGGGAGUAAUUAUUCUGUACGAUCACGUUCAUCCUGUGGGAGCUUUCUCAAAGACAUCAAAGAUUGAUAUGAAGGGAUGCAUAAAAGUUUUAAAGGAACAACCACCUGACUCUGUGGAAGGACUUCUGAAUGCUCUCCGGUUCACUACAAAACACCUGAAUGAUGAAUCUACUUCAAAACAAAUUCGAGCUAUGCUGCAGUAGUAUCCAGAGACAAGUAGAUGUUUGUAUUGAUCACAGAAGAUGUGUAUGUUUACAUAAUUUAAUACAGUUUGAUGUUAAUACUUGUGUGUAUUUACAUAACCAUUUUCUUCACAUUGCUAAAAUAUAUGAAUCUGUUCAUAACCUGACUGACUUUAUAUAGUGCAACCUAAGUUUUUAUUCUAGCCUUUAUCUUUUGACUUUUAAAAUACUUUUUUACUUAGAUACUUCAGUUAAGACAGUUUGUCUGUGCAUUUUAAUCCUUAAACACCUUCUCCGUCAGAGAAGUAGUAGUGAAGACAAAAUGGAAAUCAAACUGAAAUGUCAAAGGUACCACAGAAAAGGAACUUUAAAGAAGCAGAAAGUUAAUAUAAGAGAAAGCAAAAUUCAUUUGGUAUGUUUUGAAGAACCUGCGCACAGUUUUUCAGUCAGUUUUAGGAUCUUGUCAAACUAGUAUGAAUAGGAGAAUACCUGAAUGUUCAUCACUCAUAAAAUGCAUUGUCUUUCCUGUAAUAAGUGGAGAUCCACCUAAUUUUAUGGAUUAUGUGCUGUCUAGCAUCCAAAAAUGUAUUCAAUUCAAACAGGUAAUUUUACCUUUUUAAUUAAGUAUAACCCAUACCUUUCAACAGCUGAGGAAAUUAAUAUCCUUUUUCAGUUGUUGUAUAAAUAAACAGAAAAUAUGCUUAAAGAUCCUUGAUGGAUUUUGAAAACUGUAUAAUUUUAUUAGAUUUAGAAAGGAAAGGGAAAAUGCUAAUGCCUUGACUUAAAUGGAAAAGGUUUGUCAGUGUAAAUAUAUCACAGUAAACAUUAACUACCACACAGCUCUAGCCAGUAAUUUUUUGGCUGAUCUAAGCUAGUACACUUUUCUGUAGCAAACUUCCCUGGUGUCAAAUCAGCUGCAUCAGAUGAGGGAUGGUUUAAAAUUAAGAGCUGAUCUGUUCUUAGGAACUCCAUUUAGUUCCUGGUAGUGUUUUUCAUUAGAUGACUCAGAGUCAACACAGAAAUAUUUAUCAGCUGACUGCUCUUCACUGGCUUUUGAGAUGUGAUUGAUACUUCAAGAAGUUAAGUUCCUUGCUGAGUUGUUUGUUCUUACUUUCUGGUAAAUUUUCCAGUUAAUGGAAUAGAAAUACUUUGCCAAAAGCAGCAAAGUGCUCAUGCUCUGUUAUCUGUGUCUACUGGGUGGUCUGCAGUUGUGCAUAUUCUUGCAGAGGUCACGUUCAGAAAUUGUGUUUGAUUUUGUGUACUUUGCUUGCAUGUAUGUGUGGAAACUCCAGUGCUUGUGCACAGAUUCGGAUUUGUAUUUGCUUAUCCCCAUAUAGAUAAAUCAGGGUUUGUGUGCUUUCACUGGAAUUUUCAUGCACAUCUCUUCUAGAAACAUUACCUUAAGACUUUGAAGAUGCAUUUGGUCUGCUGGAACUCGGCUGCACUUUGACAAACUGUGUCAUUGAACUCAGUCCUUAAACAGUAUUAAUGUCACAAAUUCUCUGGAGUAGGGAUUAACUUGAGAGCUUAUUUCUGAGCAGAGCAACCCCUAUGAGGUUUCUCAGAUGUGAUCAGAACGCACAGGUGCCAAUGUCAUGCAUGUCCUGAUGCUGGACAGCACGACAACUCGAGCAUUCAUGUCACACCCUGCAGGUGCAGCAGCCAGUUGCUAUGUUGUUCUUGGGGAGAGAGUUAGAACUCACUCACGUUACAUCUUUUUCUUUUUCUGAAAGCAAUGACUACACUAUUUUCACAGUAGUAAAUCCACUGUUUACAGGCUCCAUUUUUAAUGGGGGGGACAUUUAAAAAUGUAUGUUAGGCAAAAUCCUGCUUUGUUUAUAGUCACUUCCAAUUAGGUAAAUUAGGUGGAUGACAGGCCAUUCUGUUGAGCUUUGGUAACUGAAGUUAAUAUGCUUACCUGCAAUUUUUUGUCAAACAAUGAAGUCUGAUCUUUAAGUAGCCCAGAGAAAAAAACUAUUUGUCACUUGUAUAAUAAAAAUGUAAACCUUAAAGCA